UGUCCACCACCACCACAUGGAUGUGCAGUCUGGCAUAAUUAGUGCGCUCAAAUUUUAAACAUCGUCGACAUCUAUAUCAUUUAGCAUUGAACAAAAUGAAAAUUACCCUACAACCAAGCUUUUUGCAUGUUCUACCGGAACAACAAUAAUCUGAGCAAGACGUAAUCCAAACUUGACAUUGCGCACAGUUUUUGUUUAUCAUGAUUCUCAACACACAAAGAACCCUUUUCGAGAAAAAAUACACAAAGAACAACCAAUUCUUUAUAUGCUUAUUUAUUAUUUCAAACUUCACCUAAGUAAAGAUGCCGAUGUCCGAGAAUCAGUUAGUACGACUAAAAGGUGACAGGAUUGUACAAAAUCAGUGAAAAAAAGAGACACACAAUAAAAGCUUGUCUGUGUAGUGGUUAGAUAUCAAAUGGUCAUGCUACUCACACGGUGGGUGGCUGAAAGCCUCAAACUGAAAAAAUGGGGAUAACACGCUGAACCACUAACAUGAAUCUUGAGCAGUGGAUCUUGUUUCCGUGGCCUAAACAUGCCAGCACCGACCGUCGAGGAUCUAACUUGUGAUACCCAUCAGUGCCCACCAAGGAAAAUACCAUAUUAAAAGGCAUGUUACAGCUAAAUGCUAGGUUAGCGAUCCAUUAAAUAAUUGCAUGGGCGUGCAAUUAUGCCAAGACCCACCGUCAGACUAAACCGCAUCUUUUUCAUUGGUUCUUGCUGCCAAUGGCUGGAACAUGAUAAUGUGGUGACUCAUCUCAUGGACAGUAGGCACAGAAAACAAUGUACUAAACAUGAGAAGACUUUAGUGCUGCGAUCUCAAGGCAUAGCAGACAGCAUGUGGGAGUUGCAAUGACAUGAUUCUUCAUGUCUACCAAUCAGAUGCUACGACACAGCUGUACACAUCUUCUGUAUAAAUAGGCGGCAGCGGAACGGUAGAUACAUCAAACAAGAAGCUCUUUUUUUCUGCUUCUCCUCCUCCUCCCAUCAACCACAAGACAGCGAAAAGCUUCAAGCUCAGAUAUGGGUUUCCACCAGAGAUCGAUUAGUUUGCCUUCUAGGCCUCACGUCAGUGAGACCGAAGUCGAGCAAGAGCUCCACUGCCUAGAAGCAAGCAUCUCUUCCUCCAAUUCCAUCAGCACGAUGUGCGAUGGUCUCAGGAGUCUUGCAAGCAUCUACGAUGGUCUUGAAGAGAUUAUUUUCCUACCAAGCAACCAAGCUUGCUCCUCCCAGCAGAGGAACAUGUUGGAUGGAGAGAUGGAAUGCUCCAUUGAGCUGUUAGAUCUCUGUAGCACCAUGCAGGAGACCUUCGCCGAGAUGAUGCUCAUCAUCCAAGAGCUCCAACUUGCUCUAAGAAAAGGAGAUGAUGCAGCUGCUCAAGCCAAGAUCCAGUCUUUUAUUCGCUUGGUGAAGAAGGCUAGGAAACAUUUCAAGAAGUCUGCCAAGAAGCCUGCAUUUGACAAGAUGGUCAUGCUAUUGACCAAGGCAAGAGAGAUUUGCAUCUCUCUGUUGGAGUCCACACUCCAUCUCUUGUUGAAGCAAAUUGAAAUGCCAAAGCAGUCUCUUGUCUGCAAGGCAUUUUACAAGAAGAAGGCAAUUGUCUGCAAGGAGGAACAGUUGCAGGAGUUAGAGUGCAGUAUCGAAGAUCUUCAGAAUGGAGCAGGAGAUCUGUUCAGGAAAUUAGUCCAGAACAGAGUUUCUCUUCUAAACCUUCUUAGCUCAUAGAUACUCCACAUCACUCUACUCCCCUUGAUUGGCAUCCGCCUUUUUGAGGAUGAGCCGAUCUUGAUACAGUUUUGCCAUAUUUAUACAGUACAAAUGUACAGAAAUUAUAGAAACAAAGACCAAAGUUUUGAUCCAUCUCAGAUUUUGUGAUAAUUGAUAAAAUCUCUUGGGGCUUUCUGAUGAAUAUAUGCAUGACAAGAGGAGAUGUGUAUGAUGUGAAUCCAUCAUGUAUUUCCUAGGUUUGUGUCACUGGUUUCAUUUCUGUGGUAAAUGGUAAGAUCAAGAUGAUUUUAGACCUACAUGCAAGUUUUUUUACAAGUUAGCAUUACCUUAAGAUUCGAUUUUUUUAGCUGCACAAGAUUCUUGAUUAGCACACAAUCUUUA